AUGUUUCCACUCCCCCCACCGCGGAACGAGGUACUCCAAAGUGCUACGAACAACUUGAUCGGUCUGGCGUUGACGACCCCUGACGCGCACCAGCGAGCUAGCGAUCGAGACCUCGGUCGAUCAACAUCCACGUCCAAGGCGACGACGACAGACUCUCCUCUGCGGCAAGCUUCUACUUCCCCCUCAAGGCGGCAAAACGAUUCGAUCGAACACGAGUCAAGCCCGAUGAAGCACACGGCGGUUGAGGACGAACCGUCAUUGUCGUUCUUCUCCCACAUGUGGAGAAGUCUUAGAGACGAGGCAUCGGCGUUCAUGAGCGCCGCUAGUGGCGCAAACACACCAUCGAGAGUUCGCACAGACCUGGGAAGCGUGGAGUACGAGAAUCGGGAAGAGGAGCUCUCUGAGGCGAGUCUACACUCGAAGCGACCAAGAAUGAGCCCAACUUGGAGAGUGGAAGAGGAAGUCGCCGAGAUCGAGGAUCAGCUUCAUCGACAUCGGAAUCGUCCACGACCACGGGGAGGUGUAUUCACCAAAGAUGACUCGAGGUCUCAACGAAGGACGGCCGGAAGUCAAUGGGGUGUGCAUGAGGGCCAAGCUGAAACCCCUUCCCGACGGACCACCGUCCGAUUCGCGGCAUUGCCUCCCAGCUCAACCAAACCCAGCCAAACAGGUCUCGAUAUUCGGCCAUCACACUCACCAUCUCCAAGAGUUUCAGAUCCGACUGCAACAUCCCCACGGAAAAAUCGCCCCCAUUCUCGAGUCGAAGCGAUCCUCCUCGGCCCCAUCGCUUCCGAACUGACUCGCAAAGGUCACGAAGCCAAGGUACACGAGCGUAGGAUGACCGAACGCGAACGCAUCAAGGUCCUCGAGGCGAGACUCAAAGCGUUAGAGAAGGAAAAUGAGCAGCUGAGGAAGAGUAGGGAGUUGUCGAAAUGUCUUGCGGAUCAGGUCAGUGGGCGGAGGUCGAGUGCCGACUUUUCGAUGAGACUACGAGCUGAUGUAUCGUAG